UAUCGCUCCCCUCAGCAUUGAAAGAUACAAACAGCAUUCAAGAUAUUAGCUAGAGAUUUUGCGAAAUCAAGUCCUCGAAUGAAACUGGCGAGGAAACCGCCGGAAUAUCGGAAUUUACAAUUCGGACUACAGAAAGGAUAUGCUUUCUUUCCUGCCUGGCUUGAAACAGAAUUUGAAAUGCCCAUCGUAACCGGUAUUUUUCAAUUUUUAACUGGAUCUCAACGUGUGAUGGCUGCAGUCCAGUGAAUUGGCCUUUCCUUUCCCCUGCUGUUGGAUUUCUUGGGAGCACGUUGAUUGAUUUGUCUGUGUAUUUUAGCACGUUGGGGGUCAUCAAAGUGGUUUUACCUUUACUAUCAGGAUCUAUGGAGUGUACAUAAACAUUCGUUGGAUUGGGGUUUGCAAGAGGGGGCAAAAUGUGGGUUACUAGGAAGGGGAUACUGAGAAGACCGUAAAGCUGCUAUAACCCUUCUCCCACUGCCUCCAGUAGUCUGAGAAGGUCAGACUCAACUGUGGCGCGCCUGGGCCGCUGGCACUAAGAUGUCCCUAAGCAGUGGCACUGCAGGCGGGAAAGGUGUGGACUCUAAUGCGGUGGACACUUAUGACAGUGGCGAUGAAUGGGAUAUAGGUGUUGGAAAUUUGAUAAUUGACCUCGACGCAGACCUAGAAAAGGACAAACUUGAGAUGUCUGGCACUAAGGAAGGUGGGGGCAUGGCGGCCCCUCCCAGCGCUGUAGCAGCUCUACCCGACAACAUAAAAUUUGUUAGCCCCGUACCCGCUGCUCAAGGCAAAGAGAGUAAAUCCAAAUCCAAGCGUAAUAAGAACUCAAAAGACAAUGGCAAGACCUCAGCCACAGACGGGACCAAAAAAGAUGCCCAGGUUCGAACCCAGGGAGAGGUCACAGGACAAGCCGUUGGCACAAGUCCCACAUUAAACGCCAACCCUGGCAAAGGUGCUGAAAAGAGCAGUAAAGCCUCCCGUAAUGUUAUCAGUGGAAAGAAAGACAAAGAAGGAGGCUCUGGGAAAAAUAAGAAGGACAAAAGUGAAGUUGUGGUUACAGGAGUGGCUGACAAAGAGGUAGGUGCCCCGGUUCUCCCUUUGGGUGCCCCCCGUAGUGUCCCAUUUGAGGGUACGCAGCAUACAGACUUGGCUGCGGCCGAACAACUUGGGAAUAUCGCCCUGGAUUCCACAGGAAUUGUUGUUCCCUCAUUAGCCAUUAAAAGUGAGCCAGAGGAGGUGGACAAUGGUGAAUCAUGCAGAAAUCUGAAGAAAGUGAAAAGUGAAAAGAUGGAGUCUCCGGUCUCCACGCCCGCCCCUCCACCCCUCCAUCUCCUGGCGCCUGUAGGCAACAGCAACGACAGCAUCGCCUCGCCCUGUGAACAGAUCAUGGUGCGCACACGCUCCGUGGCGUCCAACACAACGGACGUGGCCCUGGCCACGCAGCCUGAGUGCCUGGGGCCCUGCGAGCCUGGGACCAGCGUGAACCUUGAGGGCAUCGUGUGGCAGGAGACUGAGGAUGGUAUGCUGGUGGUAAACGUGACCUGGAGAAACAAGACGUACGUGGGCACCCUGCUGGACUGCACCAGGCACGACUGGGCCCCGCCAAGGUUCUGUGAGUCCCCAACCAGCGACUUGGAGAUGAGGAACGGCCGAGGCCGGGGCAAGAGGAUGAGGCCCAACAGCAACACGCCAGUCAACGAGAACAGCAACUCAUCAGACAACAAGGGCAGUGGCACUAGCAAGACGCGUGCCGCCAACAACAGCAACAAGGGCCGGCGGGGCAGCCAGACAUCGUCAGAACGCCGCACGCCGCCCAACAGCAACACAGAGGACGUCAAGGCCAGUCCUUCGUCGGCCAACAAGCGCAAGAACAAGCCCGCCUCCGACAUCGGAGAGCCCAACUCCAGUUCGGAAGACACCAAGGGCAGCAAGCGUAUGCGUACCAACUCCAACAGCGGCCCCGGGGGAGUGCUACAACUGCCCCACGCCGUCCUGCCAGGCAUCCCCACUAUCAAGAUGGAGACCCUGCCCCCGCCGCAACUCGACCGCAACUGCCCUUCACCGGUGCUUAUAGACUGCCCGCACCCCAACUGCAACAAGAAGUACAAGCACAUCAAUGGCCUCAAGUACCACCAGGCCCGCGCCCACAACGACGAUGACGUCAAGCUGGACCUUGACGGAGAUAGCGAGUACGGCGAGGAUUCCACUCUCCACCCCGAUCCGGGCAACUGCAACGGGGCCUCAAUCUCUCAGAAGGGCUGCUUGUCCCCGGCACGCUCAGUCACACCCAAGGGCAGGGGCUUUGAGGCCCAGACUCCGUCACCCUCUUCCGGCAAAAUUUCCAAGCAGAACCGAAAAAAGCCCUGUGAGGCCGAUCCAGAGGUGGGGGGAAUGGCCGUGGAUGGCUGCGAAGACGGGCCCUGCCUAACAGACGAGGCUAGCAAUGACGGCAUGGACGACAAGAAGGAAAAGGCCAAGAAAGCAGGUAGUGGAUCAAAGGCAGACAAGCUGGCCCAGAAGGGCCUGAAGUCAGCGCGGACCAUCGUCCCGGCCAUACCCCCUCAGCAGCUCUAUUCCCUACAGGCGGCCGGGGGCUUCCCCGCAGCCAGCCCAGCCUCUAAUCCAGCCAUGAGCUCAGUGGUUCAGUCUAUCCCCAAAAGCCCCCAGCUGAAAGCCAUCCAGCCCAAACUCUCUGCUUUGGGAGACCCCUCUUCUGUGAACCCAGCACUGAGCGGCUCUAAGGAUAAGAAGAAGAAAGAGAAGAAGAAAAAAGAGGUGUUAAAAGAGGGAGACAGCCCUAAAGGGCUGGGGAAAGUGGGGAAGCCAGAGGAAGGCAAGAGCCCGUACUCUGAAUGCUCAGACGCUGGGGGAAAAGGUGAUGGGCUCCUGAACGGCUCGUCAGACCCCCACCAGAGCCGGCUGGCCAGCAUCAAGGCCGAGGCAGACAAGAUCUACAGCUUCACCGACAAUGCUCCCAGUCCCUCUAUUGGUGUGGCCAGCCGGAUAGAGACAGGAGGCAUGGCCCAACCUCUCACUCCACUCCAUGUGGUCACGCAGAAUGGAGCCGACAACUCCUCGGUAAAAACCAACAGCCCGGCCUACUCGGACAUCUCAGACGCGGGUGAGGACGGGGAGGGUCGGGGCGACGGCGCUAAGGGCGUCAAGUCCGAGGAGCACGCCGUCCGAGAGGGGGCCAAGAAGGCCCUGUUCCCUGCCCAAACGCCAAGCAAGGAGUCUCCCUACUAUCCAGGCUACGAGACCUACUAUUCGCCGAACUACGCCAACCAAAGCCCGGGUGUGUCGGCCACGGGGGCCUCGCUGCAGGAGGGGGCCCAGGUCAAAGUGAAGAAAGAAGAGCCGGAGGAGGCCGGUGAGGAAGAUCGUAAAGUCAAGCAGGACCAGCAGGAUGACCGUAAGCCUGAGAUGACGACCUCUGGGCCGGGGCAGCAGCAACAGCAGCAACAGCAGCAGCAACAGGCUUCAGUCAUCCAGCAGCGUUCCAACAUGUACAUGCAGCCUCUCUACUACAACCAGUAUGCCUAUGUGCCCCCGUACACCUACCACCAAGACCAGGCCUACCACACCCAUCUGAUGAACACCAACCCGGCCUACCGGCAGCAGUACGAGGAGAGGCAGCGGCUGGCGGCAGCCGAGCACCACCGCUCCGCCGAGAAAAAAUCGGACGCCGCAGGAAAGGACCGAGAACGGGAGGGCUCUUCGGCGAAGGAGCGGAGUGAGGAAUGGAAGCAGAAGGCUUUGGUUCCCCCCACCCUCUCCAAGGCCCCCAGUCUCACCGACCUGGGCAAAGGUGGUCCGACCCAGGGCAAGAUGCCCAAAGAGCCCUCGUCGUCCUCGGAGCAAUCCAAGUCUUCAGUCAUCAUGCCCAAGGGGGAGGACGCCAAGGCGCCGGCCCAGCAGGCCGAAGGGCUGAAGAUGAAGCUGAGCGAAGGCAUGCACCACGGGAAAGGAGAGGACCCCAAGGCUGGCAUCGAUUCAGGCAGAUCCUUGGCCAUGGAGCAGGCCAUGUGGUACAGACAGGAGCCUGACUCCCGGCUGUGGCCUUACGUCUACCCCAGCAAGUACCCAGAGGCCCAGAAACCACAAGACGAGGAGCGAUGGAAGGAGGACCGCGACAGGGAUAGAGACCGGGACCGAGGAGACCGCGAGAGGGAUCGCGACAGGGAACGGGACCGAGAUAGAGACCGAAAAGGCAAAGAGGGUAGGGACGAAAGGGUCCGGCCCAAAGACCCCACCCCAAAAGAGGAGAGCAAAGAGGGUGCCGAGUCCAGGUCGGCAGCAUCCUCUGAGGAACACCGGGCGGUGGUGAAGGAUCCAAGGACCACUGCUGCCCACAUGCAGUUCUCGUCUCCCCUGGCCCAGCACCAGGGCUACAUGCCCUACAUGCACGGAGCCUAUGCCUACGGUCAAGGCUACGACCCCAGCCACCCUGGCUACCGUGGAAUGCCCGCUGUCAUGAUGCAGAAUUACCCUGGUUCCUACUAUCCAUUCUCCCCCUACGGCAGUAAGAUGGGGCCAGGCGAGGAGGGUGGUGAGAAGGCAUCACGGGCCAGCCCCACAGUCAGCAAGUCAGCCUCAGAGGCAAAGGCCCUGGACAUCCUUCACCAGCACGCCAGUCAGUACAAGAGCAAGUCACCCACGGUCGGUGAAAAGACCCCCUCUCACGAACGGGAGCGUGCUGUGGCUGAGCGAGAACGAGAAAUGGACCGGCCACGUUCCUCGCCAUCCCAGCGCAUCAUGCCUUCCCAUCACCACCUGGGCUACCCGUUGCUCUCAGGACAGUACGACUUGUCCUACGCCACAGGUCUCUCCUCAUCGGCCAUUGUUGCCAGUCAACAAGCCUCCGCGCCCUCCAUGUACCCCCCUGCACGGAGGUGAGAAUGGGAGACCUGAUUGGCUGACCCUUGCCUUGCAUGGGGCCAUGUGACUGGAUCACAUGAAGAAGCGUGCCGCGGAGCUCGUCUUUAGACAUCAGUUCAAUGGUGUUUGUUGUAUUUUUAGUUGUUUCUGCCCAGUUGUUCCGGCCGCUCUGGUUCCUCCUCCAUCCUCUUUUGCGAUGGCCGACCCAUGGACCCCCCCCCCACUCCCCCAGGGCCUACCAGAGAGCCCCUCCAUCGACUCCUUUGCACUGCUAAAACAUUCAUGAAUGGACUAAAAUGCCUGAAAGAAGGCCAGACAAGACUGACUCCUUCUCAUGGUGCAAAGUCCAUUCCACGGGUGGUUGUUUUAGAACCUGGGGGGGGGGGGUUUGGGGUUCAAAAUCACUACGUGGAAGUACAGAUUCAAUGGAUUGUUGGCUUUAGAGUAGUGAUGCUGCAGUUGGACUUGAGGAAGCAUCCUCCAUCUACUAACCUACCCAUUAAACCGGAGGACAAUUUAAAACAUUCAUUGCAAUGGACCAAUGUUUUUUUUUCUCUGGUUUUGUUUUUGGGGGAGAUGAGAGUUCAUUGUGUGGGCCAGAGGUGGGGGGUGGACUGAGAGGGCCCCGUCCCUCUUCAACACUCUGGGCUUUCUAUGCAAGGCGAAGCUGCUCUUUUCCACACGUGGAUAAAACCAUCCGAUCCUCCCUAUCUGUUCAGUUUCAGAGGGAGGAACUCUAGAGUUCACGGUCAGUUGAAUACAUUUGAUGUUUAGUUGUUUUGUGAAAAGUUUUCAUCCGCCUACUUGAGUUCAUUCAGAGAGUAAACAAUAUCCUUGUUUGUUGAUGUUUUUUGUCCCUUUUUUGGCUUUUUAUUUUUGGUGCGUCGUUUGUUUCACCAGAAGAGCCUUCACACUUCAAUUUUUUUAUUUUUUUGUAGAUUCUUUUAGCAGGUUAUUUGUCUUUCUUCCCCCUGGCUUGACAGCCAUGUUUCCACAUCGCUCUGACCCUGUGGUGACACUCCCUCUGCUGUUGGCUGCAGCAUCCAACACUAACUGGUCCCUCUCAGUUGCGGCGGCAGCUGUCUUGCGGUUUCCUUUGCCAAAAGGGUCAUUCCAGUUUACAAAGCAGCACCAAUGCAUCGGCUGCGGCACCCAGCGGUUGGCGGGCUUGGACGAGGGCACGUAUCUGUGUCUGGAGGUACUUGGGCUUAGCGAGCGAAGAGGAACCGAGAGGGGAUGCGGAGUCCAGAAUAAUUCUGGAGCUGUCCAUGCUCUGUGGACCCCGAGGGACCGACCGGUCUCAUCCAUCCAGCAGAACUAGGCAGGGCGGAGUCUGGAGGAGCCAAAGGGGUCCGGGGAAGACAGACCAUCCAGAUGCUGCAUCCGUUUUGGCUGUUGCAGGCCCUGACUCAUUUCUGAGGGCACAGACACUGUUGGGGGAAGCCACGGGACUAUGUGCGCAAGCGGUCUGCGAUUGUGGGUGCCGAUGGUAAUCUCUCGUUUGGAUCCCCGCAGGCCUGAAUGGACAUUGGGGAGGGGGUGCUCUAUCCAGCCUCGCCCCGGAAUGGUCAAUGGCUGAUCAGUGGAUCUGGCCGCUCUGUAGUGUCCCUAUGGUGCUGGAGAGGACAGGCAGCUCAUUCCUGUAUAUUUAUUCAAGGACUUGUAGCGACAGCACACUGUGUUACCGGGAGUUGGCCCAGGCCCCUGUACCGUUUUCCAAAAUGGAAUUUCUCCCACGCGCCCCACCCCUCCCCAGCUAUCUCUGUCCAUCUGUGUGCUGUGUGCCUGCUUUGUGUUAGAUUGCACUGGUAACAAGCCCCGCACGACGUCCUUCCCGGCGGAGCCAGCCAUGUGCACAUCUGAUGUGGGACAACUGUCCUUAUCUGCCCCUUCUUCCUCGAGCACCGACUUCUCUCUUUCUCUCACUUGCAUUCACUAUGUGGUUUUCUGUAUAUAUUGUACAGAGGAAUUAUUUUAAAAAGGUUGUUGGAUGCUAUCAGAAUAUUUCCUACUCUUUUUUUUGUUUUUUUUGUUGUUGUUGUUGCCUGUUAGCCUUUUUUUUCUACCAUUGUUUAUAUAAUAUGAAAAAAUUUAGCUGGUGUAACGGCUUUAUAAUUGUUUUAUGCUUUAGUUUUAUGCUUUAGUUUUUUUUUCCUCCCUCCCCAGACUCCAGCCAUUCAGAAGCCGGUUUUCCCCUGACCCCGCCCCCUUAAGCCCACGAUUCAGUUCCUUAAUCGCGCGUGCUCCCAAGCCGCCUCCACCCGCCCCCAAAUAAUGUGGUCUUACAUAUCAUUGUGACUCCGCUACUUUCUAGUCAUUUUCGCUUUCCAUGAGAUGUUCCUCUGCGUUCAGUGUGGAGGUGGCGCUGCGUUGACCGACGAGGUGUGAAAAUCGGUUGUUCCGUUACUGAGCAUUACCCAGUAACCCUAACUGCGCCUGUAGGUGGCUCUGGACGACCGCGUCCACUUUACAACUCAAAUGUAAUGCGGACGGGAGAGAUGGGCUGAGGGAAGAGCAGCUGCCUGGACGGCAGGGAUGGAGAGUUACAUUCUCCCACCGCAUCCGGCCCUUUCUCACGUACUGGUCCCCCAUUAAGACCGCCCCCUUGCCUGUAAAUCAGAUUCCAUGUAACACUUUUAUUGCCCUCUGUGGGUGCGCGGUGCUCACAAGUGCUGCACAGAAAAUCUAAACUAAUAAAUUGGAUUUGUGUUUUUUUUGCGCAGCAUACAUAUGUGAUUUGGUCAAGCCGGAGAGGAUUAGUUGUUCAUUGUGCUAGAGGUGUUGAAUAACGAUCUAAAAGCUUGUAAAGUGGCGUUCAUUCGCCAACAGAUCAGUCAAAUGUUCAACUAUCAAUGGUCUGCAUUUAUGAACAAUUGCAUACUGAUCUCAGAGCGAUGCUGCCCUUGAGUCCAUUCAUACUCUUUUAUACCAUAAUAGUUCUUCCUAAUCAGACACAUUCAAUUUCAUUUCAUGCGAAACACUACUAUGAGUCCUGUAGGCGCCGUAGAAUUUUCAUUACUAGAAAGGGCAUCCCCAUUCAAGUUAAUGUUCAGCGAUGGAUGGUAAUUUCAUUUCUUUGUUAUUCUGGCAAUUCCAUUUCUUGGUUCUCUCCCGUAAUGAUGUCUGUUCAUAAUGUGGUCUAUGAAUGUUUUGCAAAAAGUGGACUGGUUGAUAGGCCCGAACCUCACCCCAUGACUCUGUAAUUGGAUGCUGGCACACAUUUUAUUUAGUCCUUUUCUCCCAUAAAAAAUUUAGUUUUGAUUGUUUUUUUUCUAAGUGCUUUUAACACAUUCUGUAUGGAGUGAGAUACAAAGUAAGGUCAGAAAACAAGAUUACAUAGUAAUAAUGUCAUUUUUAGCUGUUCUAUGUCUCUUUGUCAAACCAUAUACCCUGUACCGGUGGCAAGUUGUUCAAAACAAUAAGGAAAAAAGCGCUUGAUUAAAAAACAAAAAAAAACAUUGGGGGGGUUAUUGUUUUUAGUAUGUUGACAGUCGCCUGCCAGGGACAAGUGAUUCAUCAUACUCCCACGGAAGCCAUUGUUGAAGUGUCAUCACAGGCGCUGCUUGGGUCAGGCUUUCCCUCUGUUCCUCCUGCCUAGGGGCGGAGGGAAUGUUCUGGUGUGGGAUGUCCACUUCCUGUUCCUCCUGCCUGGGGGCGGAGGGAAUGUUCUGGUGUGGGAUGUCCACUUCCUGUUCCUCCUGCCUGGGGGCGGAGGGAAUGUUCUGGUGUGGGAUGUCCACUUCCUGUUCCUCCUGCCUGGGGACGGAGGGGAUGUUCUGGUGUGGGAUGUCCUCAUCCUGUUCCCUGAUCAAAGCCCACCCCCACUUGUAUUAUCACAGCUAGCCCCGCCUCCAGAGUGGUGACUUAGUAUCAGUUAGCGGUACUUGAAAGAAAGAUGUUUACAGCUUUUUCUUUUUAUUGCUAUGUUUUGUUUUGGUUCAUUCCCUCACUUGCUGGCCCUGCCUCAAUGCUCUCCUUCCCCCAAGGGUUUCUCUCUUAUGUAAAGUGUACAUUGCCACGUUUCUUUUUUUUUAUACAAUACUGUAACUUGCCUUUGUACAUUUAGGCAAAAAAUAAAUCUUUUUAUGAGACAAUCA